AUCUGGCUCUGUGGUCAUGACAUUCGUUCAGUCUGGUUUGGACUUCUACCGCGAUCGGUCGUGCUCCGCUCAACGCUCCACGAUUUUCCGACUUUCCGAUUUUCAAUUUGGGGAUCUUCUCCGGUGACUUGAUGUUUUUUUCGGAGGCGCGUGCUCAAACGGUAAACUCCGUGAAUCUGUGAAUGCCACAAGAGGGGCAGUGAGCGGUGGACAGACGAGAAGUUGAAGAAUUUCCCGUGGCAUUUGCCGCACAAAUGUUAGACGAGUUAAUGAAGUGCAAAAAUGUUUGUAGUCACUGUUGCCAAAUGAAAAUUACCAGGCCGAACACGAAGGCGCCGUCAACGCUUUGAUUUGCGGUUGCACAUUCUACGAGAUACCCAGAUACCAGAUACAAGAUACAGGCUGCCAGUACAAGCUACAAGCCCCCAGAGACAGUGCCAAAGUCAGUCACUUGACCCUGUCGCUUUCGGCAGCAAAGUGAAAAUUGUGGCCGAAGGGAAACGGUGGAGAAUCUGCAACUGCAACAGCGCGACUGUGACUUUUCUGGUGUCAAGUAGAAGAGGAGACCUGGAGAAUCUCCUGCGGAUUUAAGAGCUCGGAUUAGUGGCACACUUACCCACAAGCAGCGCUGGAAAAGCAUACCCACCCGACAGCAGUACUGGAUUUCAGCUCUUAACCAUGGAACCAACGCCCAAUAUGCUGAAACAGUUGCUGCUGAAGAACCACCAGGACGCAAUCCUGCAACUGCAGGGUCACACGCCGUCGCCCUCUCUGUCCCUCUCAGCUGUUUCGAUGGCGGACAGCCGGGAAAGGAUCCGAGGACCCUCGAGAGAUGGCCGAGAGUUUCUCACCAGUCCCAGGCAGGUUCUGCGCCGCCUGAUGCUCCUCUCCGAGGGCAGACAGUACAGGGAGGCUGCUGGUGUCGUUGGACGUCUGGGGCCUUCUGUUUUGAGGUCUGUUAUAGCCGAACUGCCCAUAGACUUGCUGCUGGAGCAUCUGCCACACAGUGCCUACCUACUGGAGUCGUUCUUCACCAGACUAACCACCUUGAACACCACGCCCAAACCGGAGGUUCCAAGCGAAACAGUUGUCUGGCAAUUGGUGCGUCUGUUUGCCAAUCCCCACGAGUCCGGUCUCCGCCAGAGAUGCACUCGGUUACUCCAGGCUCUGGCCCAAUAUGAGCCUGCUCUCCGGCAAACUGUAAGGGAAAGGAGACGCAGCUUCGAUAAUGCAGUUCAAGGACUCGGCGUCCACGGACUCACCACCGACGCCUCCGGGCAGCUCAUCUCGCUGCACGUGGCCCUCAAAACUGAGCUGCAGCGCCACGUGGACACCUACAAAAUGGCCAUUCACAAGCUGGAGGAGCUAAGCAUGGUGACUGUCAACCAGGACCCCGCCCACUCCUCCCAUCAGCGCCUGCUGGCCAUCAACUAUGGGGAUAUCCAGCAACGCCUGAUCGACAAUAAGACCCUCCUGACCAUGCUGGAUAAGCCGGCCCUGAAGCAGCUGCAAACUCUAGUGGAGAAUCUGAGCACACGAGUCGAGAACGACAAGGAGGUGUUGUCCUGUGUGGGUCAAGUGCGUCGUCUGGACGCACAGGCCCUCGCGGAGCGUCGACCUGCCGCCGGCCUGCUCAUGAACUUCUCCCGCGGUUGCGAGGUGGUGCUCCACAUGAUGGGACCUGAGGGAGGACCUCCUGGUCCUGCGCUUUCCGUGGGAAAGGUCUCGGUUCAGGGAGGCGCAGGAGGCAGCAGCUGCAGCGAUGGCUACCACUCGGAUGACUCUGGAAGCGAUGAUGGCAGCGAAAUGGUGUCGCUCUAUCGGAAUCUCUACGUGGAGAACCGAGCGGACGCCUUGGAGGCUUUGGACAGUCUUCCCCAGAUAAAACACGCGCACAGCCUCAAGGGAAAGAUACUCUUCUCCAUGAUCGUGCUAUCCUUCCGCCUGUGCCAUGGAAUGCGGGAGCGAAAGGUCCUUGAAGUGCGACGCACCCUGAACUGUGCCCUGGACAGCAGCAGUGAGACCACAUUGGCCCUGGACCGCUCCGUCCGCCAGCAUCUUCACGAGACCGCCGAGAACUUUCCGCUGGGCGAGAUCGAACGGAGUGUCUUCAACCAGGUGCUCUCCACGCUUCACGAAUAUCCCUGCCUGGAGUCCUGUCCUCCUUUGACCCACUACGUGAGUGCCUGUGUGCGACUGGCCUGGCGGAUGAUCAACCAGAAGUCACCUUAUUACCUGGACAUGGACUUUAAUCUGGGCUUCCUCCGGCCGGAAAAACAUGAACGACAUCCGCAGGCGGACCGGCGAUCGGACCUGAUCAAAGCCUUCCUGUGGCCCGCCCUGAUGCAGAACAACCAGUGUGCCUUCAAGGCGGUGGUGGCCACUUGAGGAUCGUCUUUAAGCUAAUACUAUUUGUACAUACUCCCCUGACUCCCCUUGUCACUUACCCAAUAAAUAUCUACCCCGUAUCUAAGCGUAA